GCUCAGCGUAAACCGUAGAACAUCAACACCUGGACUGCUAAGGAUAAUUUUAUAGUAACUUCUUGAUUUUCUACUAUUGCUGACUGGAUACAAUAAACUCUGUAAUGAGAUUGGAAUCAUGGCUCGCUCAAAGUUUUUUAGUCUCUCUCCUGUUCUUAAAGACAGGCUUUACUGCUGAAUUUGAGAUCAGUGUUCCUCGUGAGCCACAGCUUGCCAUCUUGGGUCAGUAUGUGGUCCUCGACUGCAGUUUUCCAGUGGGAAAGACCUGGGCCCUGGACAGUACUGUGAUUACAUGGCAGAGAGGCCUUGAGGUAAUACACAGCUUCUACUAUGGGCAGGACCAACUGGACAGACAGAGCCAUCACUAUUACAACAGAACCAGCCUGUACCACUCAGAGAUUGAGAGGGGUAAUGCCUCUCUUAGACUGGAACGUACCAACCUGGGGGACAGCGGACACUAUACCUGCUCUGUGAGCACAUUGCUGGGAAAUCAGAAGAAAACCUUCCAGCUGAAAUUAGCAGGUAUGCUUUCUUUUCUCAUACAUGGAACCUCAUUCUACCCUGAGCCACACCAGGACCUCACAGUGUCUCCUGAUAGUGUGGAUCUACUCCUGAUAUCAAAGGGAGGGUAUCCCCACCCCACAGUGCAGUGGCUGGAUGACAGACAUGAUGUCAUCAGUGACAUAGUUACAAACAUCUCAGUGGAUACAGUGGGACUAUACACUGUGUUCAGUAUACUGACCAUACAGAAACCAGUCAACACCACCUUCACCUUUGUCCUAGAAAACAAAGAUUUGGGACAGGAGAUCAGGAGGGAGAUCACACUUCGCUUAGGGGGUGAUGUUAUGUUACCUGUGGUCCCCAAGGAGAGAUGCCGGUGGAUGGUUUUCCUGCCUUUCAUUUUCCUGGUAAUAUUUGCAUUCCUGGUUUUAGUUUUAUUGCGGAAAAGCUCUACAAGAACAAACAAGAACAAUAAUAAAUAACAGUCAGAAAGGAAACCCAACCAUAUUACUAAAUGAGGAGAAGCUUUACCACCAUGAUACUCUUUAAUUUCAACAACCUUGAUGUCGCAGUCCAAGUAUUCUACGUAUCUGUACAUCUAACAUCUACAUAGAUAAAGUUUUAUUAUGGAAAACAUACAUUGGACAAUCAAAAGAGCAGAAAACUGGUCAACAGGAGCCAAAUCAGUAUUCUGGAUUAUAGCUAACCUUUGGAUGAUUAUUUAUUAUAAUGGCGGACAAUGUAAUCUCAUUUAUAAUUUCUAUUUUUGGAUUUGAAGAUUUUUUUCAUAGGAUUUGUUUAAUGUAUUUUCUAUUAUUUAUUAAUAGUUAAAAACUCACUGCUUCAAUAAGCUUGACCUCACAAUCAACAAGGUUGGAUUGUGUUCUCUUUACACCUGAAAACCACAGAUUGGAUUUUCUUUUAUUUGUUAGUUGAUUAUUAAGGACAACAUGUCGGACAAUCAAAAGAACAACAAAUUGGUCAACAGCUGUGAGGAGGACCCAAACAGUAUUCCCACCCAUACCUGACAUUUGGAUACAUAAUAUUUUUCUGCAUUCUUGGUCAUCUACUCUUCAAAACAGAAGAAAACAAACCACCAAUAGACACUGCCUCUUUAAAAUGGAUAUGUACCAUGUAAAAUAUAGUCAUUGACUACAUAUGCCUCAGGACCUGGAAAACCUGCACAUUGAGGCCAAUGAUGGACUUAACCUUCAGCAGUAUUUAGACACGACUCCAGAAUGUGUUGCUUGCAAUGCCAGGGUUUUGGGUUCUAUUUCCUCAGGGGGGCACAGUAAAAAUACUUAUGCUCAUUAUUCUGGGUAAUAGGAUCUGCUAAAUGACUUGAAUUUAAAUGUCUAUGGUGAAUACGUUUGAAUGAAUCCCAGCUUUACUAUUAUUUUAAUCUACACUUUCAUUGUUUUAAACUUCAGUUGUUUUCAUUAUACUGCCUGAAGCAGUGUUAAAAAUCGUUUUUUUUAGGUUUGCUCAGGUUUUGGUUUGACAAAGUUUGCUAAGUAACAAAUCCAGUUUUCUCUUCUGGUGUGUGCAAUUACCUAGCAGUUAGAAACAGAAAACAGAAGUGUUUCGGGUCCCCAGGACAGGUAUUGAAUAUGUCUGUGUAAACCUUGCAUGUUCAAACAAGCGUUUCGGGGUCUACCUCAGAAAUUGACUGAAUCUGUACAUUGACUGAAUCAUUACAAAGGCUAUACAAAAUAUGUAUAUUGUUUUUAUGUAUGCUUUGUAAUAAAUUAAGCUGCAUUUACAGUGUAGGUACUGAGCAUAAGUUAAGGCGGAGUGUGUAUUUGUGUGAUGAGGAGCUUUAGGGACUCUGUAGUCACUAAAGAUCAGUGGCACUUAUUGUUUGUUGUUCAUAUCUUCAUGGCCACCUUUUCGUCCCCAAGCUGAUUGGCUCAUUUGUUCCCUCCCAUCUUCCAUUGUUGAAUGCUUUUGGUUGCUGAGCAAUUUACAUUCUUAUCACAAGGUGUGUCUGACUGUUUGGAAACAGUCUCAGACUGGAAAUAAAAAACAAUAGAGCAAACAUUCCUGUGUCCCUGAUAAGGCAUCACUGGGUGUGUUGAGUCAUAGAAAGGGCCUUGUUCAUUGAUCAGCUUACACCUUUAAGACACCAGUGAUUGGACUGCUGUUUAUUAUUUGAAGACCUUGUUUUUUUUUUUACCAUUGCUGAUUGAAUACAAUGAUCUUAGGAAUGAGUUGAAAAUUCUCAGUCACUCAACAUAUUUUUGUUUCUGUCAUGUUCUUAAAUAAAUGCUGUACUGGUAUUUAUGCCAUUCAUUUUUUUUUUACUGUCAGUGGUGACAUACUUUAAUGAAUAAGGAAUGUAUCUGAUUAAAAGUGUCACUAGUCUGUUAGCUGUAGAAGUCGUUGUAGAAGUGAGGUUGUCCGUGUCCUUCUAUUUAUAACUGAAUUUGAGAUCAGUGUUCCUCAUGAGCCACAGAUUGCUGUCUUGCUAUCAGUUUUCAGGUGGAAAGGCCUGUAUUUAUUAUUUUAUUUUUGGUGAUCAAAUGAAUCGGUUAAACUAAUGCCCACAGUGGUCUUUAGUACUUUUCAAAAUCUACAAGUACUACCAGGGUGAUUUGUCCUCUCUGUAGUGCUUUCAUUUUUCAGAAUUGCAAAUGUGCUCACUACUCUAGGUAAUAGCAUCUGCUAAAUGACUUCAAUGUAAAUGUCUAUGGUGCGUUAGAUUGAAUGAAUCCCAGCUUCACUAAACAGUCAAGCUGCAUCAUGUUAAACAACAAUUGUUGUCACUAUUCAUUUGAUGUUAAAAUUCCAUUUUGACUUUUUGAUAUUAU